AUGGUCAAUGGCAGCCUAGAAGAUUGGCUACAUCCAAGUCCAUCAUCAGCUGACUUAGACGCGAAUGCAAAUAAAUUGAGUCUCAUCCAGCGGAUAAAUAUUUCCAACGAUGUUGCUUCAGCAUUGGAUUAUCUCCAUAACCACUUGCAAAGCCCUGUUAUCCAUUGUGAUCUAAAGCCAAGCAACGUCCUGUUAGACGACGAAAUGGUUGGACAUGUUGGAGACUUUGGUUUGGCGAAGGUCGUGAUUGAAUCCACCGAUGACACUAAAGCAAAAAUGAGCUCUACUGGUGUAAGAGGAACUAUUGGCUAUGCUGCUCCAGCGCAGAAUACGGAAUGGGAAGCGUGGUUUCAAGAGAAGGCAAUAUUUAUAGUUGUGGCAUUCUCUUGCUUGAGAUGUUCACGGGCAUAA